AUCGUAUAACUCCACAAUUUCAAUCAUCCGGACAGAGAGAGAAACGGGAGCCAGAUACGCCUGCAAUUCAAGCAAAAGCUCAAAGGGAAUUGCUGUUGUAAAUUUCAAGCAAAAGAGAGAGAGAGAGAGGCCGCUGCGUUUUUUCGCCUAUAAAUACUCAUUCCAAUCCCUGCAUUCUCUUUGCAUUCGUCGCUUCCUUUCCUCUCCUUCUCCGCUCCGCUUUCUCCUCCAGAGAAAAAACCUGUCAAUCUACCUACCAGAUCCGCACAAUCGACGUUGAAACCUCUCCAAUCCGACUGGAGAAAACGAAUUCCGGUGCUUUACUGAUUUGAAUCCAGCCGGGGAAAGUUGAAUUUCUCCGGCUUUGAUGCUUGAAUUCGGCUGGAGGGCGCACGAUUCACUGCCCUAGCGUCUUGGAUCUGAUAUUGGGAGCCUAGAUUUUGGCAUCUGAAUACGAUCGGACAGAGUAAGAUCUGGGCCGAGAUCUGCUGUUUCGGUUCGUUUUUAUCCUUGAGCAAGAUCUAGGAAAUUUUCGAAACAGUUUGGUUUCCGUUUAGUAAGAAACGGGGAUCGAUUGAGUGUUUUGUGCCAAGAUCUGGUUGAAUUUGCAUGGUUUGGGUCACCAAAAUGCAGAAGGUUGAGCCUAUGAAGAACGGAAUGAUAGAAUGCAGUGUCUGCCAUUCCAAAUUGGUUUCCCCUGCUACUAAAACCGUGUCAAGGGCAUAUGACCGGCAUAGGAACAAGAUAUCAUCCAAGAAUCGUGCUCUCAAUGUCCUUUUGGUUGUUGGGGAUUGCAUCUUGGUUGGUCUACAGCCUAUUUUGGUUUUUAUGUCUAAGGUGGAUGGGCAAUUCAAGUUUAGUCCUGUCAGUGUUAACUUUUUGACAGAGAUAGCAAAGGUUCUAUUUGCUGUUGUUAUGCUCUUAUUUCAGGCUAGGCGUCAGAAGGUUGGAGAGAAACCCCUACUUUCAGUUUCUACAUUUGUGCAGGCAGCUCGUAAUAAUGUCCUUCUUGCUGUGCCAGCUUUUCUCUAUGCUAUCAAUAACUAUCUAAAGUUUACAAUGCAGCUGUAUUUUAAUCCUUCUACUGUGAAAAUGCUGAGCAACCUGAAGGUUUUGGUAAUUGCUGUCCUAUUGAAGAUUAUCAUGAGACGGAAGUUUUCCAUCAUUCAGUGGGAAGCACUUGCUUUGUUGCUUAUUGGGAUCAGCGUGAAUCAACUUCGAUCGCUACCUGCGGGUACUACUACAUUGGAUCUUCCACUUGCAACGAGUGCAUACCUGUAUACCUUGAUCUUUGUAACUGUACCGUCUAUGGCUUCAGUUUACAACGAGUAUGCUCUGAAGAGCCAGUUUGAGACAAGCAUCUAUCUUCAGAACUUGUUUCUAUAUGGCUAUGGUGCCAUAUUCAAUUUUCUUGGCAUUCUUGGAACAGUCAUUGUCAAAGGCCCCAGCAGCUUUGAUAUCCUGCAGGGACAUUCAAAGGCUACAAUGUUUCUUAUAUUCAACAAUGCAGCACAAGGCAUCCUGUCCUCGUUCUUUUUCAAAUAUGCAGACACAAUAUUGAAGAAAUAUUCAUCAACUGUGGCGACAAUUUUCACUGGGAUAGCAUCUGCUGCAUUGUUCGGUCAUACUCUGACUAUAAACUUUAUAUUAGGAAUUUCAAUUGUUUUUAUCUCGAUGCACCAGUUCUUUUCUCCCCUUUCGAAAGUCAAAGAGGAAGCACAAAAUGGUACUUUAGAAAUGAUGGAUGUUCAGAAUAGUCACAGGUUGAAGGAUUCAUCCUUCAUAAAUAUGGCGGCUGGAGCAACUGAGGAAGCUAGCCAUCGUGUUGGAUCUAGUGACAGAGAACCGCUUCUCCCUAAAUGAUGUUACUUUUGAGGUAAUAUUUUGUCAGGAGAUUCUUUUGGCUGGGCUUGUUUCAUGGUUUAGGGAUGAGCCAGUUCAUACUAAGACCAAUAAAAUAAGAUGGAUGUAUUAAAAAAAAAUAAAGAAAGAAAGAAAGAAGAAAAGAAGAAAUUUUUUUUUGAUGCCUGUUUGGCAUUCGUAAUUCUUGUACUGUAGCUUCAAGUGAGCAAGUAGAAGAAGAGAAGGUGGGAGAGUCGGUUCUGAAACAAGAAAAUGAGUAUAGUUUUGAGAGAAGCGGCAAAAUCCUCCUUGCCAAGAAAUGUAUGCUGAUGAGAGGUACUAUUAUUUGUAUUUUAUUAGUAUGAGAUAGAUAAUCAAAUGGAUUUGCCUUCU